AUGGAGCUGCCUACUCAGCCCACACAGCCCACACAGGCUACACAGAUGGCUGCGUUUGAGAGCUUUUCACAAGAGCAGCUGGAUCCGUCAACGGUGUGUAGGUUGAUCUGCACUACUGGCCAGAUCCCCAACACGGAUCUGAAGAUCAAGAGAAAUGGCGUGAAGCAGUGGACGUUUGGCAGGAAUUCGCAAAACGACAUCGUAUACGGUGCCACUUCCAGGCUGAGUAAUAAGCACUUCAAGAUCUGGAGCAGUGACAACAACCUGCUGAUACAAGAUAUGAGCACCAACGGAACAUGGGUCAACAAGCAGAGGAUUGUGAAGGGCCAGAACUAUAUACUGGGACAAGGUGACGAGAUAAGCGUUGGCGUGGGUGUUCCAAGGGACGUUGUAAGGUUUAUCGUAUUCUUCCCCAAGAUUGAUGAAAAGGCUGACGAUGCCACGGACGGAAUCCACAAGGAAUUCUCAAUAAAGAAUGAAGUGGUUGGUCAAGGCGCAUUUGCCGUUGUCAAGAAGGCCGUUGAGAGAAGUACAGGCAAGACAUACGCAGUCAAGAUCAUCAGCAAGAGAAAGAUAAUGGGCAACACUGAGGGCGUCACUAGAGAACUGGAAAUCUUACGAAGAUUAGACCACCCUUAUAUAGUCAAGCUCAGAGGGUUCUACGAAGAUCUAGACAACUAUUAUCUGGUGAUGGAGUUCGUCAGUGGCGGUGAUUUGAUGGACUUUGUCGCUGCACAUGGAUCCGUUGGAGAGGAGGCUGCUAAGGAGAUCUGCCGGCAAGUGCUGGAAGCUGUGAAGUACGUCCAUUCUUUGGGUAUCAGUCAUAGAGAUCUAAAGCCAGAUAACGUGCUGGUAGCACAGGACGACCCUGUGAUUGUAAAGAUUACUGAUUUUGGGCUUGCGAAAGUCUCUGAUAACGCAACUUUCAUGAAGACAUUUUGCGGUACACUGGCAUAUGUUGCACCAGAGGUGAUUGAUGGCCGUCACAUGAAGAUAACAGAUGAAAACAAGUAUUCGAGUCUUGUUGAUAUGUGGUCAUUUGGGUGCUUUCUCUAUGUAAUUCUCACUGCUCAUCUGCCAUUUAGUGGGAGCACCCAGGAACAGUUAUACCAGCAGAUACGCAGAGGCUCAUACCACGAACCCCCGUUAAAGGAAGCUGGAGUUUCUUCACAGGCCAGGGACUUCCUAGACUCUCUUCUACAAGUGGAUCCCUCGAAGAGACCCAGUGCGGCGAUGGCAUUGCAACAUCCGUGGAUUGCAAGCAAUUCACAGAUUGCAGAUGGCAAUUCACAAGUCUCAUUAUCACAAUCCCAGUCACAGCAGCAAAGGCUAGAGACGAGAAUACAUGAAAACUCGAAUGACGCCAGUCCUGAAGAAGCUAUGUUCAAAGUACCACCUUCACCUUCAAACCAUGCGAUGCCUCCACCUUCUUCCACAGGCUUUAACUCCCAACCUAAGAUGGGUACACAGCACCGUGCAACGAAGGAUAUCAAAAGCAAAGCUCUACAAAACGUUGGAAAGGCACAAGCACCUACCGGAACCAGAUUCUCACUAAUACCAUUGCCUAAUAAGUUUAUAAAGAGCCCGAUCUAUGUGCCGCAGGGCGUAAAUCCAUUUGUUAUUGGCAGAAACAGUGUUUGCCAUUCAAGAAUUAACGAGGAUAGAAUAUCAAAGGUACAUUGCGCCUUCACAAAGAAAAGACAUCCAGUGGGCAACUCUCUAUACGAAUCUCCAGCACAGGGUCUGGAAGAUACGUGGCUGGUUGAUUUCAGUACAAACGGUUGUUCGAUUAACGAUCAAAAAGUUGGCCGUGGUAAAAAGGCCCUUGUAUUCAACAACGACGUGGUUAUGCUCUUCAGUGACAACAACAAACACGAGAAUCUGGCGUUCAAAGUGUGUAUUGACGACACAACAGGUCUCUUCAACGGAGGAGAGAGCACAGGACAGGAGAGAAGAGUUGUACCUCAGGACAACUAUGACGAGCAGCUCAAACCAGCAGUUACAAAGGUUUGCAAUUCACAAAAUGACCGCAAAAGACCCCUGGAGGCUGACAACAGACAGGUUAAAAGGGCUAAUCUCGACAAAGGAGAUGCAAACACAACGUUCCAAACUGUUCUGAAAUGAUCAAUCCACAGUCGUGUAAAUAAUUACAUCACGAG